ACGACCUUCAAGGACAGACUGUAUAUGAAAUAACGGUUGCCUAUCGUCCAUACACCUUUGAAGAAGACGGACAAACCUGUGGGAUGUUCCCUGACCUUUUUGGGACUCUAGAACACAAAUUCAACUUUAGCCUAUCCCAUACAUUUGAGACAGAUUGGGGUGUGAUGCCAAUUGAGGGGACCUUUGAGAAUGGCACCUUUGGUGGGGCUUUUGGGGGUGUGAUCAAUGGGGCCUUUGACAUGAGCCUUUCUUCAUGGAGGGCCACACCUGAGCGGGGCCUACUUCUUGAUAUGGAACCAGUCCAAAUGACAGACUUCGUGCUGGCUGUCGUGCCGAAAACACUAGGGGUGGAUCUAAAGUUCUUUCAGCAUCCCUUUUCCAUUGAUGCCUGGCAGGGCAUACUCCUCGUGGCAUUUCUGAUCUGCGUUACAAUCAUUCCCCCGUCAUUACUUUUGGGAAAUUAUGAAAACACCGAUGCCUACAAUUGGGCCUCCCUGAGUGCCUGGUCGUUCUUUCUCCUCAUUAAUUCGUUUUACUGCGGAGCCUUGACUAUGUUCUUUAGUACCAAGGCUGCUCCACCAUUUUCCCAAUUUCACGAAGUCGUUCAAGCUUAUCCCACAUGGAUCCUCAAAACCCCGUUAGGGUCGGACAUAUUUUUCCAUGCCAAGGCAAAAUCUGGGGAUCCGAGUUUCAAGGCAUUCUAUGAGCGAAUGGUUCAUAAACCUGAGGAGACUACGUUUACGGAUGCCGCUCUUGUUCUAAAGAAAAUGGAUGCGAAACAUAUUGCCAUCAUAGCAAGCACUAACCAACUUAAAUAUACAUAUGAAACCAAUUUAGACUUGACGACUCCUUUGGAUAUCUUGACGACCCUGAAUAAGGCCUGGAACAAUAUUAUUCUGAAAAAGCACUCUCCGUUAAGUCCCAUUAUAAGAAGAGGUAUGAACUCACUUCGAGAUCACGCUUUAUUGCAAAGAGUUAUGUCUAGAUGGUUUGGAUUUGAUAUACCGAAGGCAUCAGAAUCUUCACUAAUGGCCUUGGGAAUGGGACAUACGCUUCUGGUUUAUUUUAUCAUGAUGUCUGCUUGUCUCUUGAGCUUGACACUAUUGAGUAUGGAACAUCUGUAUGCCAGGUUGUUUUCCAAAUAG